CGUGUGCACUUUUCUGGCAGACGCCCUUGAGCAUUUGAGAGACGGAUGUGAGAGAAUUUUCAGUCCUAUUGGAAAACAACCCAACUAAACAUAACAGAUUACAUCAGCUCAGGCUUUUCAAUUCCUGGAUGGCAGCAGCGUGCUAAUCCAACCUUCAUCCUGGAUUUCGCAAAGUAAAACAAGGGAGGCUGGCAAGAGGACAGAUUGAGGAAACUGACGACCACAGGCCUUGCCGUCAGGAGGCUGUAUAAAGCUCAAAAACCUGUAAGCUGAUCUCCAGCCACUACUGUUGGUUCUUCACUGCUGCAUCCCACGGCUGAAGCCCUCAAGACUUAAAUAUUUCAACCUGCUCAUUGUGCCCUCAUUCCUGAGAGAUAUGAGCACUUUCCAGGUUUUUGCUUUAUUUCUGGUUCUACUGCCGCUGCAUGGCGGAGCUACCUGGAGUGCGAAAUAUGCCGUAGACUGCCCUGAGUCCUGCAACAGCAAUGAAUGCAAAAACCCUCUGCAUUGUAAGCGGACGGUGAUGGAUGAUUGCGGGUGCUGCCGAGUCUGCGCUGCAGCCUUGGGCGAGACUUGCUACCGGACAGUCUCAGGGAUGGAUGGUGUCAAGUGCGGCCCCGGGCUGAAGUGCCAGUUUUUUUCUGAAGAGGAUGAUUUUGGUGAUGAGUUUGGAAUCUGCAAAGAAUGUCCUUAUGGUACCUAUGGCUUGGAAUGCCGGAGAACAUGCAACUGCCCAUCUGGCAUAUGUGACAGAGUGACGGGGAAGUGUUUAAAGUUCUCGUUUUUCCAGCUGGCAGUAUCAAAACCUCCCAACCGACUGAAUUUAAUUCCACAUACAGAGAAUGACAUGGGAUCAGGUGAUGGUAAUUCUGUAAAAGAGGAUUUUGUGAAAGAAAAAAACAUUCAUUCUCCAAUAAUGAAAUGGCUAAAUCCUCGCUGAUAUUAACCACUAUGGGUAGGACUUUCAAAGCAACACUUCAGAGUUACGAUGAAUGUUCACAACUCACUUUAAAGACAGUAGCACUCCAGCAGAGGAGAUGGUAAUGUGUAAAAAGUCCAAUCUGUGUAUCUUCAGACAAAGAGUGAACUUUCAAGUAUGAGACUAUGUACAAUGUACAUGAUUUUUAGAACAUGUAUUAAUAAUCAUUUUAAUACUAAAUGCAUCAUAAACUAUUGAAUGUAAAUAUUAUUGAAACUUUUAAAAAAUACAUGAAUUUAAAAUAAACAAUUAACCCUCUGAAUUCUGAAAGUCCCACACUAAUCAACCUCCAUCUAAAAAUGGGGGAAAUAUGGUUAUAAAGCUAGGAAAUGCAGUUUAUAACCUUGACAAAUCUUUUUUAUGUUUUAUAUUAUUUAUAGAGAAAUACAGAACUGAUGGGUGUAACAGAAAGAACUAAAAUCAGUCUUAAUUUUGAAGAUGAGAAGACUACAAUGCUAUGUGUAUUUACUUGGCCGUCUGAACUCAGCAGGAUUCAUUUUUAUGUAACAUUGUAUAGGAUCAGGUUGCACCGCCACAACUCAAAACCACUAUGCCUUCUUACUUGUAGUUACUACAUUUAGCCGUAUUUAAUGGCAUAGGAUUCCUACCUUAUUGCAAGUGCAAACAUAAAAAUCUGCUUAAGUGCACUUAAUUCUGUGGUGGUUUGUGAUAUAAAACUGCAGUCCUAUAUAUAGCUGUGCUGCAUAAAUCCUAUCAGCUGCAGUGUGAUUUAAAUGGUCCACGUGUUGGAUUUCAGUCUCAAAUUUUUUAAGCUUUAAAAAGAGAAAAUAAAGUACAUAUUUUAUAUGUAUCAAUGAAUUGUCAGGCAGAGUUGCAGCGCUUUUUCUUUUGACCCUUGCUUAAAAUAGAUUAUAAUGGAGUCAUUUUGUUGAGUACAUACAAAUAUUAUAACAAAUAAUAGUUCUAGCAAUUACUUUUUUAAAACUCUUGGGCAACAUGUGGUUCUCUUGCUAAAUGAAGUAUCCAUGGGACAUAUCACACACUUUCCUUUCGCUUUAAAGUAAAAUACUCUAAUCAUUCUGCCUUAUGUGUUCAGAGAAAUGUGAAAAGGAAAAUGUGUAGUGAAAAGUAAAAUGUGUAGUAAAAAGUCAAAAUGACUAUCAGCCCAAAGUACUACUGCAGAGAGGAUGCUGUCCUGUGUGAUUAAAUCUCUGUGAUUUAAUGGCUUCUCUGCCUCCUUUAAAUUGGGAAUAAAUAACUUUAAGUUGACUUUACAUCAAGAUGUGAUUGAGUCAUUCCUCACUUCCUGAUGCAGAGAUGUUGUUGUCAGAGGGUGGCAGGUAGUUCAGUACUGAACAAGUCCCCAUACCUUGGGAUAGUUUCAAGAGACAUGCCCAGAGUAAUGGUUUGUGCGGAAACCAAAGAGGGGCUUCUCUGAGGUUAAAUCAUUCUUACACAUGAAAAGGUAAAAAUUAUAAUGUGCCUAAUCCCGUCCUUCAGAUUCAGAAACAUGGGGGUUUGUCUGUCUUCUGAUUUCUGCAUAACCUGUUUGCAUUCAGGGAUUUCUAGCUGGGAAGCUUAUUCUUGACUAGAGAUGGGGGUAUUUGUGUACGAAUAUUCCCCCCCCCCACAGGUGCCAGACC